UGUUAAAUAAAAAAGGGGGUUUUAUUUACUACUUGAUAUAUAGUUAUUAUUUGUAUUUCUCCAAAACAAUGAUACAAUUGAGUACACAUCAUUACUGCAACUUUUCAUACUGAAUAGACCUCCCACACUGUAAAAUAACUGUUAGGACCAAAGCAAAUCAUUUGUACAGUUAUUGCGGAGUGGCUGGUCGUCUGUGUAUCUGCCUGCUUUUCUGUCUCUCUUUGUUAAAGAUGACUGCUUCUUCUUAAGUCUGAACAUAACCAGGACAUUAUGGAGGUGGGUGAGUUUAGUAAACAUGCUCAAUCCAUAGUGAAAGUUAACAGAUGCUGGAACAAAAGCUCAACAAAUGUUUUUUUUUUGUUUUUUUUUUUUUUUUUUUUUUCAUGUGUUGCAAUAAUUUAAAUUUAAAAAAAGGAGUAUCUGCUUCAAAAGAAGGGAAGUUGGGGCCAUUCAUACACUUUCUGUAAUUCUCCGUGAAAUUCAUUUUUUGCACUCCAGGAGUCAUUAGUUAUCAUGUUUUACGAUGCUGCCACCAGCAUGUCACUUGUAAGCUUUUUUUUUUUUUUUUUUUUAACCUCUGUUGUUACUGUAGGCACGCCUACAGUAUUACUCAGAAUCUGUUAGUAUCGUUUAUCAGUAUCAGUAUAAGUAUCAUUUUCGUCUGUGGUUUUCAGUCUUAUAUAGGGAACUAGAGAUAAGCUGUGUAACAGUGUGUGCUAGCAGCGUCAAGAUGAACAACUCCCAUAUAUACGGUGGCAGUGAAUCGAGCUCUGAGUUCUGGGACAUAGAAAGACCCCUGGCCUGUAUGAUCCUUGGCUUGUCUUUCCUCAUUGGUGUACCUGGAAACCUGUUCGUCAUUGUGAUCAUUCUGCGCCACAUCAAGCACAGAUCCCACACUGUGGUGCUGAUCCUCAACCUGGCUGUUUGUGACUUUGUGGUCCUCAUUUCUCUGCCUGUUUGGAUCUACUCUCUGGCUGAUGCCUGGGUCUUUGGAGAGAUGUUCUGCAAGGCAAUGGUGUACGUAAUCUACUCCAGCAUGUACGGCAGUGUGUUCCUGAUCACGUUGAUGAGCGCAGAUCGCUUUGUAGCCAUCAUCUACCCUUUUGCCAUGCAGGAUUGGAAGAAGAAAGGUUUCUUACUCAAGGCUUUGGCUGUCGCCUGGAUCCUGGCUUUCCUCUUUGGUGUCCCCGCUAUUCUGACACGGAGGGUUGGCGAUGUGGAUGGGAAGCUGCAGUGCACUGUCCAGGAGUACACUUCAGACGUGCAGGAGGUUGUUUGCCUGGUGCUGGAGACCUUGAUAGGUUUUGUCAUUCCCUUCUCUGUCUUGUCCAUUUGCUAUGCCUGCGUGGGGAGACGUAUAAAGGAAAUGACUUUCAAGACCAAACAGAAAUCGACUAUGCUGAUUGCCAGCGUGGUGAUCGCCUUUGCCCUGUGCUGGUUCCCUCACCACAUAUUCAACCUGAUGUCGGUGGUGUCUGUGCUGAUAAGAAAGUCAUACCCAGAAGUAGCAGACAGGCUUGAUGAAGUGACCCAGACUGGGGUCUUGGUCUCUGGAGCCUUAGCCUUCAUCAGCAGCAGCAUUAACCCCUUGCUGUACGCCUUCGCUGCGCGCAGGUUCCGAAGCAGCCUGAGCGAAUCAGGAUUCAGGAAGCUCUUUCAUCACAUCUCCACCUCCACCUCACCCGAAAGGACAAACGAAAUGUCAAUUAUAUCACGAAAACAAAGUUCUCAAACCGACCACAGUGUUCACAGCACUCUGACAGUCUAAAUACGUGACUUGCUGGUACUCACUUAUUCCCUAUUUAAUGUCAUUGUAUGUAUUACAGUACAUGCAGUAAUGUACCGUAAAUCCCUUUAUAUGCACAAAAUCGUGUUCUUGUUUUUCAAAGAUAUUUUAGCAAUGAAGGUGUAAUCUAAACAGAUGCGUUGUAUUUUAUAGACAAAAUAAUGCUAUUACCAGCUGUUCAAGUUAACAGGUAAAUAGGCAUCCCAAAAUUAGUGACAGUUUUAAAAAGUGCUGAGAGAAGGGGGUUCUAGGAGCAUUCAUGCAAUUACAGACAGACACAGAAAGACUUGGAGUGUAGAAAUCAGCCUCUUAUCUCUGCAUGUAAAUGUAUACACAGUGCCUUUUUCAGAAUUGCCACUUGAUUUAUUAAUGCUGUAACAAGUUUAAAAAUGCAUUGUGUAGGGAAAUGUACAGAUUUUUUUUUUUCAUGGAAAUCCACUUGGUCUAGUUUGUAGGUACAAUGCUUAAUUGACCAUUCUGCUCUUUUGUUAUGUGUGUGUGUGUGUGUAUGCGCGUUAUUAUUAUUAUUAUUAUUGUAUUUUGUCAUGGAUUACUGAAUCCAGUGCUACCUUGUAAAUAAGUCCCAGUACACCCUUACAUUAUACUAAGAACUGUAUUGCAUGUCUCAAGUUCUCAGUUAUUACAAAACAAAGCUGUUGGUCAACUCUUCUUCUCUAUUUAAAAUUUUGCUGAUAGCAUCUUUGUCUUCUUUGUAUUAAAAUGAGUCAACAAGGGACUCAAUAAAACA